AUGCGUGGCCAGUCUCGGAACGUUCUCGCCAAGCCACUUCCAAAGGGCGUCCAGUACGUGGAUGCCGACUACAGCAGCGGCACAGACGUGGAAGAAGACGACGCUGAUGAGCGCGUCUUAUCCGGCUUUCCGCCCGCGCUGCGCACGCUCGAGAAGGACACGGCGCUCUUAAAGAAGCAUUAUCCCAGUAUUUCCACGGUCGUUGUCCAGCAGACGCUCAUCGACACCAUUCCCAAGUGCGACGACCAGCACUCGUACUUUGCCAGCCUCGUCGACGCCAGUGCGCGCCUCGAAGCGCUGCAGGAAGAAGCGCUUCAAUCCCGACGCAGCACCUUGCGCUCCGUGGAGACCUCGUAAUCCUCCACCAUUGCAAGCAAGCUAUUAUAGCAAGCAUGACGAGUUACCUUUCAUAUCAGAGAACGCGUAUGUCGCCAAGGAUCCGGUCAUACCAUCUGUCAUCUCAC